CUGCAGAAAGCGCUGGCUGUAUUUAAGAACGUUUAUGACUAAAAGUGUCCUCCGCUGAGAUUACUGUCGACAUGGCCGCCGUGACUGCAGGGGAAGAGACCCCCUCGCAGAGCGCUGGGGGCGACGGGCCGUCCGCGGAAGAAAAGGUGGAGGGGAAAGAAGAACAGGGCGAGCCGGAAACAGAACAACCACGGAGCAACGUAGAGGCGAAAAUGGAAGAAGUGGACGCCGAGGCCGGUGAAGAGAAGCCCGGCGUCUCUGCAGAGAAGCCCGGUGUCGCUGCAGAGAUACCGGGCUUCUCUGCAGAAAAGCCGGCCACGGCUGCAGACGAGGCCGGUGUAGGGAAGCCAGAGGCUGGUGCAGAGAAGCCAGAGGCCGGUGCAGAGAAACCUGCUCCCGCUGCAGACGGAGAACCGCAGCCUGGCCACGAAGAUGGCACCACCGGCGACACCAGCAAAGCUGUUAAAGAGGAGCCGGAGGACGGGGAGAGCGCAGAGAAAGCCGGAGCCGGCGGAGGCGGCGCGGAGCUGGGGGACAAGAGGCGGCCCAGCGUGGAGGUGUCGUCCUCGGACGGGGAACCGCUGAGCCGCAUGGACUCGGAGGACAGUAUCAGCAGCACCCUGAUGGAGAUGGAGAGCUUGGUGUCCAGCGGGCGAUCCACGCCUGCGAUGAUGAACGGACAGGGCAGUGCCAGACCUUCGGGCACCAAGACGAUGGCUUACCCCUGCUGCUGGGACCUCUGUCCACAGUGCUUCAACUCCAGUCCUGAUCUGGCAGAGCAUAUAAGGGGAAUCCACGUGGACGGGCAGAGAGGAGGGGUGUUUGUGUGUCUGUGGAAGGGCUGUAAAGUGUAUAACACACCAUCCACCAGUCAGAGCUGGCUGCAGAGACAUAUGCUGACCCACAGUGGGGAUAAACCCUUCAAGUGUGUGGUUGGUGGCUGCACGGCCAGCUUUGCUUCCCAGGGCGGCCUGGCCCGCCAUGUCCCCAGCCACUUCAGCCAGCAGAGCUCCUCUAAAAUGUCCAGCCAGUCCAAACUCAAGGAGGAGUCUCCCUCCAAAGCUGGAAUGAACAAGAGGAAGAAGCUCAAGAUCAAGCGCAGGUGUACGCUACGUACGUAUCAGAAAGGCACGCCAAGAAAAGCUGGAUCACAGACAUCUGCACAAGCUGCUAGACCAAGGCCCCACGACUUCUUUGAUGUCCAAACCAUGGAUGCUAUUCGCCACCGGGCCAUCUGCCUCAACCUCGCCACCCACAUCGAAAGUGUGGGUAAUGGCCACAGUGUUGUCUUCCACAGUACGGUUCUCGCCAAAAGGAAAGAGGGAUCUGGAAAGGUGAAGGUACUUCUUCACUGGACACCUGAAGACAUACUACCUGACGUGUGGGUGAACGAAGCCGAGCGACCUCAGCUGAAGACUAAAGUGGUGCAUUUAUCCAAGCUACCACAGGACACAGCCAUGUCAUUAGACCCAAACAUCUACCGAGCGCUUCCUCAAAAGCGGCUGAAGCGUAGCCUGUGAGAAGUCGUCCAUGGACUUGAUACUAGAAGGUUUAUCUGUAUGAUGGAUAGGACGUUCCUCGUCUGUCUCGCCUGAAGGGAGGAAGUAAAAUGAUGAUCAAAAGGAAGUGAAACUGGGUAUGAUAUGGUGCAGCUCUUCUUCUUUUUCCCUUUUGUUUUGUACGUGGCUUUAAGAAAAUAGUUUUUUCAAAAAAAUUGUACUGAUUCUUUUUGAUUUAUUUGGGGUGUUUAUUAUUUUGUUUUUCAAACAAGCCUGACGCCCAACAGUGUAAAACAUUUUGUGUAAGCUCGACAGAUAACCCAGUGUAUUUUAUUUUAAACUGUUUAGUGUAAAAUAUUUAUCCAGAUUUCUAACUUAUUUUUAUACCAUGGACAAUGCUGGUGUCAUGUGGACUUUUGUGACGGUUUUGAAGAGAACCACAUUUACUGUGAUGAUAAUGAUGAUGAUGAUAAUAAUGUGUAAACUGUUUCUUGUAACUAUAUUAGGAAAUGACUAGUUGUAAUUAUGCUGUACAUGUCAUAUUAACCGGUUAUUCUAUUUAUACUCAGAAUGCAAUGCAACUGUGUAUGACGAUAAAGUGUGAGGUCGACAUGUAGUAAAGACAAUUUCAACUGUUACUGGGGCAAUAGUUCACUAGGACACUACUGUGUAGCUCUUGACCUAAGCCAGUGUGUAGACAAUACACAGUACAAACUUCAAAUACAAUGAACGACUGACAUUUCAACAGCCAGUGAAAGUUGAAAUCCCAGACCU